CACGAGGUAGAGGAUCGAAUUCCUCCAAAUAUUCUCCAAAUCGAGAGCUAUUGAUAUAAUCUAUAUAUGCUUUUUUUAAUUGUUCGAACUCACUGUCAUCCCUUCUUGGGUCAACUUCAUAUACACUUUCUUCCCUUAAGAAGGAAGGAGGACCUUGAAGUAUGGUAGCUGGAGCAUUCGAAGGAUCAAGUUUUCUAAUUUUUAUUGGAGUUGAUGAUGCUGGAAUAUCAACUUUCGACCAAUUAACAACCUCUGGUUUUAAUUCCUUUUUGAUCUCUUCACCCAACUCAGAUUUCAAGUGAAGAAGCGAUUUUGUAAUUGGUUGAUAAGCUUGUUGCAAUAGAAGAUUCUGUCCUACCAUCGAUUCCUUUAACAUUUGCAGUUUCCUCUUUACUGCUUUCCUAACUUUGAUUAGUUCUUUCUUUGCUUUCACAUCCAUGCUGUUGUUAUGGUUGUCUUUUAACAAGUGGUUUCAUUUAUAUUACCUACAGUAAUAUAUAUUUAUCGAAUCCUAUGCGAUAUCUCCCGUCAUUUAUACCACAAUCCUUGUUAAUAACUACAAAUCCAAAUUUUUCUUUCCAACAUUCUCCACAUAUACUUUUAAAUUGGUCAAAAGUCAUAUCUGCAGUAACAUGGUCGGAAAAAACGUGUUUCAGAUUUAAUUCGUCUUGUUUAAACAGUAUUAUUAAAUUAGCAUUAUCUCUGAUUAAAUGUUUAGGGAUCUGAGCAUAUGUUUGAUUUAAAUAAAAAGUAUCGAUUGAGUUAUGCCUUCCCAUACUAAAAUAUUCUCUUAUCUUACUCUGAUUGUCAUUCGCAACAUCAUCAAAGAUGAAUACAGAAUUAGGUUUCGCCUGUGAUGGACCUAUUACUUCAUCAGAAUUUCUAAAGGGAAAAUAACCAAUUCCAGCAAUUGGUUGUAAUAAUUCAUUUAAAUAUUUAUAUUUUGGUUGAUAUAGCGACUUUGAAUAAACAUAAACGUUUUCAAACCGUAAACCGUUUGGUUGCUCCAAAAGUCCUAUAAUCACAUUUGUUUUUCCACAGUUUGAAGGUCCAGCGACGAUGCAUCUUAUUGUUGAUGGUAAUAAAGGCCCAUGACGAUUUAUUUUCGCAGCAAUGUUGAAGUCGCGAUUGGUUAUCGGUAGAGCAGAUGGAUGUUGUACUAUCCGCAUGUUUCUUCAUUAUUAAACGAUUUUGCUGUGUUAACGGAUAUAUAAAUUUAGAGUUAACGUUGCUUAUAUAGUCAGUUGGUUCGCAAUAGUGAAAGCACUCACACCAAACCUAAUACAUGAAACGCGGCGUUCUGAAUAGUAUUAUAGAUAAGUUACCCAUUGAAAUACACCUCCCAGGUUAUAAUUUUUGUGGUCCAGGGACACGAUUAAACAAACGAUUAGCGAGAGGUGAUAUCGGUAUAAAUCCUCUCGACGAAUAUUGUAAAUUGCACGAUAUUGUAUACGCAAUUUCACCAGACAUUUCACAACGUCGAAUAGCGGACAAGGUUUUAGCGCAUCAAUCUUUACGAAGACUAAAGUCAUCAGACGCAUCUAUAGGUGAACGCUUUGCAGCUCUCGCAAUUGCUUCGGCUAUGAAGACUAAGGAGAAACUUGGAAUGGGGCACAAACGACGACGACUACUUCUACCGUUUCGCAAAUUAGUAACAACUGCGAAACUUGUUCUUAAGAAAAAUAAGCCCUUACAGUUAUUAGAGGCUGCUAAAAUUGCACUGAAUCAAAUUCGAAAACUUGGAAAACGAUCUAAAUUUCCUAGAAUCAUUCCCAUUCCAAAGACAGGUGGUUUUUUACCGUUAAUUCCGAUUUUUGCGGGACUAUCGGCACUUGGAGCUCUUUCUGGUGGUGCUGCUGGAAUUGCUAAAGCUGUACAAGAUGCUAAAUCAGCGCAGCAACAACUAGAAGAAGCUAAACGUCAUAACACUUCAAUGGAAGCCAUUGCUCUUGGGAAAAAUAUUUCCAUACAACCUUCCCGUAAAGGUUUCGGUUUAUACCUUAAACCGUUUCAACAAAAAAAAACACAAAUUUUUUCCUGAAAUUACCUAAUCAUCCUCUAACAGAUUCAGAUUUACACAAUUACAUUCGCUAUUUACAAAUUCCACAUUUUCGUGGAAUCUUCAUGCGUAACGAAUUACCAAGAAAAGUUAAAAGAUAUGAAAGUGGAAUUGUUAAUUUAGAUACCGGAACUGGUACACAUUGGACAGCGUAUGUAAAACGAAACAGCAAAGCUAUUUACUUUGACAGUUUUGGUAAUCUCCGUCCGCCUAAAGAAUUGGUUCAAUAUUUACAAUCUGCUGGACCUUGCGAUAUCACUUAUAACUACAAUCGUGUUCAGAACCCCACCGAUUUUAACUGUGGUCAUUUAGUUCUCCAAUUCCUGCAGAAGAUUACGUAAAUCCUUUUUUAAUACAAACCAUCAAAAUUUCUUCUCUGUAUUAAACAGAACGUUAAACCGAAAACAUGUCUUACACAUUCGCCUUGACUGCUACAACGUCGGAGCUACAAAUGAUAAUAAGUCCACCGAUUGUUUUAAGCGAUGAUGAUGAAUAUCAAAUAGCAUUAUUGAAUUUUGAAGCCUACAACAGCAUUCCCAAUAUUGAUGAAAAUAACAACAAAUUUUAUUUUGAAGAUUCUAAGAAACCAGUCGUAGUUCUUCCGGAAGGAUCAUAUGAAAUUGAUGAUAUUAAUAAUUUUCUUCAGGAGAAAUUGGGAGAUACUAAUGAUAGCAUUCACUUGUCUGGAGACAAUACUACAUUAAAAAGUCGUAUAAAGAGUACCAAAAAUGUUGACUUUACUCCAACAGAUUCUCCGGCGAAGAUAUUGGGUUUUGAAAAUAAACUUCUAUCAUCGCUUCAAGAGGAGUCCGAUCAUGUAGCUGACAUUUUCAAGGUAAACGCAAUUUCAGUAACAUGUAACCUUGUAUCUAACUCCUAUAUACAUACUAAUGAUGCUACUAAAGGACAAGAUGGACAUAUAUUACAUCAAUUCUUUCCCAAUGUACCUCCCGGAUUUAAAAUUGUAGAGAAUCCCACAAGUCUUAUAUAUUUAUCUAUCAACACACGUGUCAUCGAUUACAUUUCCCUUAAAAUAGUUGAUCAAGACGGUAAUCUUGUUAAUUUCCGUGGAGAGCGUGUUACAGUAAGACUUCACUUACGAAAACUAUAACAUGGUUGCGCGAUACAACUGUGUCCAACGUUAUUCCAACAAAAAUACUACUAUAAAACGAUCACCACACUCUGAGACGUUUAUUUCGCUUACACCCGUUCAGCGAUUAACACCGUCUAAUAAACAGUUCCUUAAAUCUUUGGGGUUGCGAUUGAAAAAGGUGAAAAGUUAAAAUGGUUGCAGAAAUACUAAAUGUCACCGAGAAAGCAGUCUUCGACAACGCUAUUAUUAACGCUGAUAAACAUACUCAUCAACCCUAUGCUAAUUCAACUUUUAAAAAUAAUGAUACCAUACGCAUUCCAAUAGAAAAUGAAGAUGUUUACACCUUACCUUGCGGUAGUUUCCUAUACAUAGAAGGACGUUUACUGAAAAAGGAUGGAACUGUACCAACUAAUACUACUUUUAUCAAUAACGGAAUUCUAUACCUAUUUGAUGAAAUUCGAUAUGAAUUGGGAGGAAAAGUUAUUGAUCGAGUCCGAAAUCCUGGUAUGACUACAACAAUGAAAGGCUAUGCGUCUUACAAUGAAAAUGAAAGUAAACGUCUCAUUAAUAGUGGAUGGUUGCCUCCUGCUUUAGGUGCUGUAAAAGGAGUUGCCCUUCAUACCAGAAAUCUGAUUGAUACAAACGGUUACUUCAACGUUUGUAUUCCUCUUCGUAUGAUUUUAGGGUUUGGAGAAGACUUUCGAAAAAUAAUACUCAACAUACGACAAGAAUUAGUUCUAGUUCGCAGCAGUACUGACAAUAAUGCCCUCUUUUGCUCAGCAACACCGGCUGAAGAAGUUGAUGUCCAUUUGGAUCAGAUAUGUUGGAAAAUUCCUCAUGUAUCUGUUGCUGACGCUGAACGUUUGAAAUUAUUACGUUACGUUGAUCGCAAUUUAAAUAUGGAACUUUCUUUUCGUAGUUGGGAACUACAUGAAUAUCCCUUACUUAACCAAUCAUAUUCUCACAACUGGACUGUGAAAACUACAUCACAGUUGGAAAAACCUCGCUUCAUUAUUUUCGGUUUUCAAACCGAUAAAGGUAAUGAUAUUACAAAAAAUAAGAGUGUUUUCGAUCACUGCGACCUAACAAAUUUUAAAGUUCACUUAGGAUCCACUAUGUACCCGUAUGAUAAUUUGAAUUUAGAUUUUGAUCUUUCCAGAUUUGCUGUUUUGUACGAAAUGUAUGUUAAUUUUCAACAAUCGUAUUAUGGUAAUGUAAGUGAACCCUUAUUCGAUCCUAAGGAAUUUCGAACAAUUGCUCCUCUUGUAAUAGUAGACUGCUCUUAUCAAAAUGAAAUUGUGAAAUCUGGAAGUAUCGAUAUUCGUUUAGAAAUUCAAACUAAACGCAAUAUACCAGAUAAAACAGCAGCUUACUGUUUAAUCAUUCAUGAUCGUGUGAUACGUUACAAUCCCUCUACAAACUUGGUUCAAGAAGUAUAAAACCCAAUGACUACAUCCAUACUUCACUUUCUUUACCGGUACUGAACAGUGAGCACGAUGACUUUCAUACUAGAUGUACAAGGUUUUCAAUGUUGUGAGAAUCGAUUUGUUUUCAAGGAAGUAGCUAUUGUUGCGCUAAAAGAAGAACCAAUUUAUCAUUUCACAUUUCAGCCACCAUUUCCCUGGGACGCCCUCCCAGUUCGUUACAGAAGUCAAAAUCGUUGGUUAACCAGAAAUUUUCAUGGGUUAUAUUGGGAUGACGGUGAUCUUCCAUACUCUACGAUUUAUGAUAGUAUUCAUCCUAUAUUGAUGGAGUCAACAAUUGUAUAUGUUAAGGGAUUACAAAAGAAAAUGUGGUUAUUGGAAUACUUUCCUAAUGUUAACUUUGUUAACAUUGAAGACAUCGAAUGUCCAUCUCUCUUAAGUCUAGCAGCUGAUUUUAAAGUAAACGUGUGUUCUUAUCAUAUAUUUAAAACAGCUAUAGAACCAACUUGUGCUUACAAAAAUGUUCUUUUAUUAAAAUAUUGGUUGUCUUUACACUCAUAAAAUCA